AUGGCAGACAGCGCUGAGGCGGGCAGCGAUGCCCAGGUCACCUUCAAGGUGAAGAGCUCCAAUGAUAAGACGCACACCAUCACUAUGGAUGAGUCGGCAUCCGUCCUCGACCUGAAGACCAAGCUGGCCGGCACCGAUUUCGAGGAUAUCCCCGCCGACCGACAGCGGCUGAUCUACUCGGGCCGCAUCAUGAAGGACUCCGAUGCCCUGAGUGUCUACAAGAUCAAGAACAUGAACACAAUUCACAUGGUCAAGAGCGCUCGGAGCAACGCGACCCCCGCCGCUAGCAGUGCAGCUUCGGCACCGGCCCCCGCCGCAGUCCCGCAAAACAUGGCUGCCGGUUCCAUCGCCGGCGACCCCCUCGCAGGCCUUACGGGCGCUCGGUUCGCUGGUCAUAUCAACUUACCGAGUGCCGAUAUGUUUGGCGCAGAUGGUGGGAUGGGCGCACCGCCCAGCGAGGACCAAAUAGCCGAAAUGCUUUCAAACCCGAUGGUCGCGCAAACGAUGAACGAAGCCCUAAACAACCCCAACUUUGUCGACUACAUGAUCCGCUCGAACCCGCAGCUGGCUAAUCUGCCUAAUGCUCGCGAGAUGCUCCAGUCCCCAGCAUUCCGCGAUAUGAUGACAAACCCGGAGGCUAUCCGUAUGGCAGCAAGGAUGCGCAGGGCGCUGCAUGGCGGUGGGGACGCUUCUUUCCCGGCUCCCGGCGCUACAGACAAUACACCAGCUGGUGCGGCAGGGACUGGGGCGCCCGCGGGGGCGGGUAACAACAGCAACGAGGAGCAACUUCGGGCUCUCUUUGGCGGCGCUGGAGGCGCUGCUAACCCGUUCGCUUCAGGUGCCGCAAACCCCUUCGCUCCCUUUUUGGGCAUGAUGGGACCCGGUGGUUUCGGCGGCGGAGCGGGCGCAACGGGGCAAACCCCUGCAGCUCCCGCCCAGCCCGGCGCUCCAUCCGAGGAUCGUGGUGCGCAAGCGGGUCAAACAGGAGGCGCUGCGCCAGCGGCCAACCCUUUCAGCGCGCUGUUCGGAGGCGCCGGCGCUGGCGCCCCGGCUGCGAAUGCCAACAACCCGUUUGGGCUCCCGCCUAUCUCACCUGAAGCCAUGCAGCAACUGGCACAGAUGUGGGGGAUGGGCGGGCCGGGGGCGGCUGCAGCACCGCCGCCGCCGGCCGACAACAGGCCCCCGGAGGAGCGCUAUGCCGAUCAGUUGCGCCAGUUGAACGACAUGGGCUUCUUCGACUUUGACAGCAACGUGACGGCGCUUCGUCGUAGCGGUGGUAGUGUCCAAGGCGCGGUCGAAUACCUACUAUCGAACCUGUAA